GCAAAGGACCUGAGUCAUGUGCCCUGCAAGUUCUUCAAAGUCGGCGGGUGUACUGCCGGUCCCGACUGUCCGUUCUCACACCAGCAGCCCGGGCAGCCAAAAGAUGUUUGUACAUGGUUCGUCAAAGGCCAGUGUAAGUUCGGCCACAAGUGUGCGCUCGCGCACGUCCUCCCA